AUGUCUUACCAGCAGCAGCAGUGCAAGCAGCCCUGUCAGGCCCCACCUGUGGUGUGCCCUCCAAAGUGCCCUGAGCCAUGCAAACCAGCCAACUGUCCUGAGCCAUGCCCAACUCCAAAGUGUCCUGAGCCGUGCCCAACUCCAAAGUGCCCUGAGCCGUGUCCUCCUGUGCAGUGCCAGCAGAAAUGUCCUCCUGUGCAACCACCUCAACCCUGCCAGCAGAAGUGUCCACCCAAGAGCAAGUGA